GCCACCACACCUACCUCUCACCAUGCAUCUUGAGAACGUCAACGACGGUCGCGCGCUCGACGAGGUCUCUGACGCCGUCGACGAAGUCAACAAGCUCAAGGGCCAGGUCGCGCAGACGUGGACUGAAGCGUCCAAGUUUGACUCCGAGAAGGACAAGAACCAGUUCCGCAAGUACGAGGAGGCUUGCGACCGCGUCAAGAACUUCUACCGCGAGCAGCACGAGAAGCAAACCGUCGCAUUCAAUGUACGGGUGCGCGCGGAGUUCAAGCGCACGGUCCACGCCCGUAUGGGCAUCUGGGAGGCGAUAGAGAAGCUCAACACGCUCGUGGACGACUCCGACCCCGAUACCAGCCUCUCUCAGAUCGAGCACCUGCUGCAGACCGCGGAGGCGAUUCGCAGGGAUGGGAAGCCCGAGUGGAUGCAGGUCGCCGGCCUCGUCCACGACCUCGGCAAGCUCCUGUACUUCUUUGGCUCUGAGGGCCAAUGGGACGUCGUCGGUGACACAUUCGUCGUCGGCUGCAAGUUCUCGGAGAAGAUCAUCUACCCCGACACGUUCACGAACAACCCAGACUCGCAGGACCCUGUCUACUCGACCGAGUUCGGUGUCUACUCGCCGCACUGCGGGCUCGAGAACGUCAUGCUCUCUUGGGGUCACGACGAGUACAUGUACCACAUCCUCAAGAAGCAGAGCUCACUGCCGGUCGACGCGCUCUACAUGGUCCGCUACCAUAGUUUCUACCCGUGGCACCGCGAGGGCGCGUACGCGCACCUCACGAACGCCGAGGACCAGCGCGCGCUCGAGGCCGUGCGCGCGUUCAACCCGUACGACCUGUACAGCAAGAGCGACGAACCCGUCAACGUCGAGAAGGUGAAGCCCUACUACCAGGGCCUCAUCGCGAAGUACUUCCCCGACGUGAUCGAGUGGUAAAAGGUUCCCUGGACCAGAGCUGCGCUCAACCCCCUGUAGUAUAUUGGAUUGUUCCCAUCGCCUGCUCUGCCGCCGCCGAAAUACUUGUACCAUAGUAGCGCUUUCCGGAGAACGUCCGCAUCAACGCGCGGCAUCGAUACCCUUAUAUAAUCCCUAAUACAUAUGUUUCUUACGCUCA